AUGUCGACGCCACGUCGGACAGCCUCAGAACUACGUCCGUCCGCCAUUCGCGCGAUCGUCUCCGAUGCCACGACCCGCGUCGCGGGAGAUAUUCCUGCCACGUCAGCAGGAUCCGCGUCGUCGAGAAGGAUGAUCCGUUUGCUUCCCUGGCUGGCGAUUGGAGCUGCUGCCACGUGUCUCUCCCUCCUCGCGUUGCUGUUCUCCGCGUCGCCUCUCACGCGAGCUCGAGAUAUGAUUGCGUGGUUCGGUAGCGAAUCGGGAGGGAUCGGUGACCAAUCUUCGCGCGAAACUGGCGGCGGGAUUCACGGCGGGAAAUACGGCGCAUUAUACGGCGGAACGGACGGCGCGAUGCACGGAGCGUUGAGUGCGGAGGAAGUGGAUCGGCCGUUCUUGGAGAGCCCUUACGUGCGGCGGAUUCACGAGGACAUGUGGGGGGGAGGCGCACUGCACAUGCCCUCUGAAAUCGACCAGUGGGUGCAGCGGGGUGGUUGCAUGCGUCUGGUGCAUCGCAUGGCACUUGACCUGCGCAUUGACCUCCCGCUUUCACCGCACGUCCAUGCACACACCGGCGCCAGUGGCAGCAGCUUACCCAUUCCCUCUCUCCCUCCCUCACCCCCUCACUCGCUCAUCUCACUCCCCCUUCUCCCACUCCCCCACUCCCUCUCCCCCACUCUCCCUCACUUGUUCCGUCCAGCCAGCCAGUGGGUGCAGCAGGGCGGCUGCAUGCGUCUGGUGCAUCGCAUGGCCCGUGACCUGCGCAUUGACCUUCCGCUCUCACCGCACGCCCAUGCACACACCGGCGCCAGUGGCAGCAGCAACAGUGGUGCCGGUACCAGCAGUGUUGACAGCAGCAGCAGCAGCGGCGGCGGCGGCGGCAGUAGCAGCGACAGCGGCAGCAGCGACGCAGGAAUUUCCGGUUCGCAGGAUGCUACACCAGUCCCUGCUGCUUCCGGCCCUGACCUGCGUCCGCUGCUGCUCUCUCUCCUCGCUCACUUCUCCUCCAACCCUCACACUCAAACCAGGAGCCCUACUGCUGCUGCUGAUGCUGCUGCUGGUGCUGCUGCUGCUGCUUCUGCUGUUGCAGCGUUUGUUAAGGAUGAAGGUGGGGGGAAUACGGACCCACCCCCCACCUGCCGGCACGCACACGAGAGGCACGUGGCCGUGCAUACGGACCCACCCCCCACCUGCCAGCACGCACACGAGAGGCACGUGGCAGUGCAUGUGAGGGCGCACCCCGCAUGGUUCAGCUCGCACUACGGCACUGCCAUGGGGCUGCAGGGGCACCACCACUGCCCGAGCUGCAACCUCUCCUGCUCUGUCCGUGCUGUUGAUGCUGUGAAGUUCGGUGCCCUGUUGGCUUCUCAGAAUGUUGGCUUCUCAGAAUGUUGGCUUCUCAGAAUGUUGGCUUCUCAGAAUGUUGGCUUCUCAGAAUGUUUGCUUCUCAGAAUGUUGGCUUCUCAGAAUGUUUGCUUCUCAGAAUGUUUGCUUCUCAGAAUGUUUGCUUCUCAGAAUGUCUCAUGGGACCCUGUCACUGCUGCCACUGCACAUGCCCAUCUGCACGUGAGGGGCGCACAGGCCAGCACUGCUGCUGCCGCUGCUGCUGGUAGUGCUGCUGCUGCUGCUUCUGCUGCUGGUAGUGCUGCCGCUGCUGCUUCUGCUGCUGGUAGUGCUACUGGUCUGCCUCUGACCUAUGUGGGCAUUAACGACGACCUUACACGCCCUCACAUGCGCUCCGCUGCCAAAAUGCAGCUUUCCCUCUCGAGUGCCCCUUCGCCUUCCCCUCUUCUCCCUUCGUUCCCUUCCCACUUCAUUGUCUGUCUUCCAGCUUCUUUCUCCUCCUUCACCUCCCUUCUCCCCCCUUCAUUUCAUCUCCCUUUUCCCUUCUCCCCCAUUCAUCUCCUUUCUCUUCCCUCUCCACACACCCUGCUCCAGUCCACUCCAACUCUCCACCUGGCAUCACACUGCUCCCCCACUUGGCGCGAUGACCUGGCGUCUUCUGUGCUGGCAGCACUGCCACGUCAUCACUCCUUUGGAGCCUGUCGCAACAACAUGCGGCCAAUCACAGAGCAGAAGGCACACCCUGGGUGCAGGUAUGACCCCUCUCCUUCCUUCCAUUCCCAUUCCCUCCCUCCAUCCCGGUUCCCUCCUUCCAACCCUGUUUCCUCCCUCCAUUCCCUUUCCCUCCCACCAUCCUCUUUCCCUCUCUCCAUGCAUCAGAUCGGAUCCAGAUACUCCUUCAAUUUCUGCUUCAGCAGCUCUCCUCUGUUUCGGGUAGGAUAA